GUUUCCAGAUUUAUUAAAGCUUUGGGUUCUGGACUCGACUGGAUGCUGAAUGUUAAGAACAUCCAGAACAUUCAGAACAUCCAGAACAUUAAGAACAUCCAGAACAUCCAGAACAUCCAGAACAUUCAGAACAUCCAGAACAUCAAGAACAUCCAGAACAUUCAGAACAUCCAGAACAUCCAGAACAUUAAGAACAUCCAGAACAUUAAGAACACUAAGAACAUCCAGAACAUUAAGAACAUUAAGAACAUCCAGAACAUCCAGAACAUUCAGAACAUCCAGAACAUUAAGAACAUCAAGAACAUCCAGAACAUCCAGAACAUUCAGAACAUCCAGAACAUCAAGAACAUCCAGAACAUUCAGAACAUCCAGAACAUCCAGAACAUUAAGAACAUCCAGAACAUUAAGAACACUAAGAACAUCCAGAACAUUAAGAACAUCCAGAACAUCCAGAACAUUAAGAACAUCCAGAACAUCCAGAACAUCAAGAACAUCCAGAACAUUCAGAACAUCCAGAACAUCAAGAACAUCCAGAACAUUAAGAACAUUAAGAACAUCCAGAACAUUAAGAACAUUAAGAACAUUCAGAACAUCCAGAACAUUAAGAACAUCCAGAACAUUAAGAACAUCCAGAACAUUAAGAACAUUAAGAACAUUCAGAACAUCCAGAACAUCCAGAAUAUUCAGAACAUCCAGAACAUUAAGAACAUUAAGAACAUCCAGAACAUUAAGAACAUUAAGAACAUCCAGAACAUCCAGAACAUCAAGAACAUCCAGAACAUUCAGAACAUCCAGAACAUUAAGAACAUCCAGAACAUUAAGAACAUUCCUCCGCUGUUUGGGUUUCUAUCAGUGUUUGCUACAGAUUUUUGUACAUUGAGCUUCUCACAGGACUGUUUGUGUUUGCGUCUCUGUGUGUCUGUGUGUGUGUGUGUGUGAGGUCAUCCAGUCACGCGUUCAGGUCGUGUUUUGCGUCCUGUUUCAGCCCUGAUCAGUUUGUUGCCAUGACGACCAGGUAGCGUCUGAAAGGCUUGUUGAUCUGCUGCCUCUGGUGUUUUGGUGAAUAUUUGUUUGUAUUUUCUGUUUAUGGCUCUAAUAAAUGGUCCCACAGUCAGUGGGUUUGACUCAC